AUGCCCCAAACCAAAGAAGCGUCUCUCUCUGCAUCUGAACUUAUGAUGCUGAGAGAAGCAAAACUUGUGGGGGUAGGCCUCAUAACACUCCUCCACUUUAGUUUUCUUUCAUUUUGCGCUGCUAGUGAAAACCAGCGCUGCAGGCCCUCUUCUUGCGGUGAUAUUCAAAACAUCAGCAUCCCUUUUCGAUUAAAAGGAGAUCCGCUCGGCUGUGGUCAUCCUGAUCCUGCAUAUGAAUUGGUUUGUGAAAACAAUCGUACCAUCUUAUAUGGGAAAUACUAUGUCGAGGAGAUCAAUUAUCAUAACUACACCAUCAGAGUAAUAGUUGCUGGGCUAGAGAAGAGCAACUGUUUCUCCCUUCCUCUCUAUUCCUUGACAAGAGACGAUCUAUAUGGAUAUGAAUAUGCUGAUGAACUGGAUACUGUAGUUUUGAUGAACUGCGCAAGACCAAUCUUUGAUCAAUACUACAUUCCUAUUGUUCCCUGCAACCGCACCGAUGCUACUUUCUCUUCCUCACAACCAUAUGCUUAUGCGCUAGCUGGGCGCAACAAGCAGGUGAGAGAUCUUCCAUAUUCGUGCACCAUUGGCUUGACUGUUGUCACUGGCAAUUUCAUGGCUGUGUCAGAGCCCAGCAAUCUUUUAAGAUCAGAUUUGCAAGAAAAGCUGCUUAUGGGGCUCCAGAUUUCAUUUUUGAGCUCUCGCUGCCAUGAAUGCAAAGUGAAAGGCAGAUGGUGCACGCCACAUUUCAGUAACAACACUAUACAUUGCAAUCAAAUGGCUGAUGAUGGAAGAAACUUCAAUACAAUUAGAAGUCCCUAUAGAACCCAAGGACGUAAAGAUACUCUUGAACGCUCUGGGUAUUCUGGGACUGUUGGAAUUGUCAUGAUAAUCAUCGGAGGACGCUUCGUACUUGGGAUAUCUUGUCUUUUGGGCUAUUUAAUCUACAAGUUUGAACGGAGACAUUUAUCAUUAGAUGAUGAUAUUGAAGAGUUUCUUCAAAAUCACAAAAAUCUCCAACCCAUCAGGUACUCAUAUUCUCAUUUAAAGAAGGUAACCAAUAAUUUCAAGAAUAAGUUAGGCCAAGGAGGCUUUGGCUCUGUGUACAAAGGAAUACUUCAGAGUGGCCGCAUUGUAGUAGUAAAAGUAUUGGUUAUGUCAAAAGCCAAUGGACAAGAUUUUAUCAAUGAAAUCGCCACAAUUGGGAGGAUUCACCAUGUUAAUAUAGUACAACUUGUUGGAUUUUGCGUAGAAGGAUCAAAAUGGGCCGUUAUAUAUGACUUUAUGCCAAAUGGGUCACUUGAUAAGUUUAUCUUCCUUAAAGGAGAAAAAAACAUUCCUUUAAGUUGGAACAGAUUGUACAAAAUUACACUCGGAGUAGGGCAUGGGAUUGAAUACUUACAUCAAGGGUGUGACAUGCAAAUUCUACAUUUUGAUAUCAAGCCACACAAUAUUCUUUUGGAUGAAGACUUUACACCAAAAGUUUCGGAUUUUGGCCUUGCAAAAUUGUAUUCAACAAAUGAAAGUAUUGUUUCUCUCACUGCAGCCCGAGGAACAUUAGGAUACAUUGCUCUAGAGUUGUUUUAUAAAAACGUUGGACAUGUGUCGUGUAAGGCUGAUGUUUAUAGCUUUGGAAUGUUGUUGAUGGAAAUGGUGGGAAAACAAAGGCAUUUUAGUAGACAUCAUGAGGAAGAUCUAAGUGAAUUACUCUUCCCGUCAUGGAUUUAUGAUCGAAUUGAACAAGGAGAAGAUAUGGAAAUGGGAGAUGUCACAGAGGAUGAAAAGAAAUAUAUAUGGAAGAUGGUCAUAGUUGCAUUGUGGUGUGUGCAAAUGAAGCCCAUGAACCGUCCUAUGAGCAAAGCACUCGACAUGUUGGAAGGUGAUGUUGAACUAUUGCAACUACCUCCUAAACCUACCUUAUAUUGUCAUGAAAUAUCAGCUUUGGAUCUGGAGAACAAACCAAUGGGGGUUCCAAUAUCCUCACAUAAUGCAAGUAUUACAAUUAGCUUAGAUGGGAGGCCCUCUUCUUACGGGGAUAUUCAAAACAUCAGCAACCCAUUUCGAUUAAAAGGUGACCCGCUUGGCUGUGGUCAUCCUGAUCCUGCAUACGAAUUGGUUUGUGAAAACAACCGUACAAUCUUAUAUGGGAAAUACCAGGUUGCGGAGAUCAACUACCAUAACUAUACCAUCAGAGUUGUAGUUGUUGGGCUAGAGAAGAGCAACUGUUUCUCCCUUUCUCUGUAUUCCUUGACAAUAGAUCAUCUAGAUAGAUAUAAAUAUCCUGAUGAACUGGAUACUAUAGUUUUGAUGAACUGUGCAAGACCAAUCUUUGAUCGUAACUACAUUCCUGUUGUUCCCUGCAACCGCACCAAUGCUUAUGAGCUAGUUGGAGGCUCCAAGCAGGUGAGAGAUCUUCCGUAUUCGUGCACCAUUGGCAUGACUGUUGUUACUGGCAAUUUGAAGGCUGUUUCAGCGCCCAGCAAUCUUUCAAGCUCAGAUUUGCAAGAAAUGCUACUUAUGGGGCUCUAG